CCAUAAACCAAUAGUAGUGCUGAACUCGAAAGCAGGUGUCAGCUUAAUCCGUCUUUCUGCACAGCAACAUGCAGAGUCAAGAUCCCUCCCUUAUUGAGACAGGUGGUGUGAGAGUCGCCAUCGAAGGCUGUGGCCAUGGAACUCUGCAUUCAAUCUAUGCGACAGUGCAAAAUGCUGCUCGCAUCAGAGGCUGGAGUGGUGUUGACCUCCUGAUCAUUGGAGGUGACUUCCAAGCAGUCCGCAACGCAGCAGACCUCACUGUCAUGUCAGUGCCUGCUAAAUAUCGUGAACUUGGCGACUUUCCAGAAUACUACAGUGGACGCGUUACAGCGCCAAUCCUUACAAUAUUUAUUGGAGGCAAUCAUGAGGCCAGCUCACAUCUAUGGGAGCUUUACUAUGGUGGCUGGGUCGCACCAAACAUCUAUUAUCUAGGAUUCGCCAAUGUUCUUCGCUUUGGGCCCAUCCGCAUAGCUGGCAUGAGUGGCAUUUGGAAGGGCUUUGACUAUAACAAACCACACAUCGAGCGGUUACCUUUCAAUCAAGAUGACAUUAAGGGUUUCUAUCAUAUUCGCGAGUUUGAUGUGCGGAAAUUGCUGCUCCUCCGUGAGCAGGUCGACGUGGGCCUUAGCCACGACUGGCCCAGAGCCGUUGAAAAGUCUGGGGAUGAAAAGGCCUUAUGGAGGAUGAAACCCGAUUUUCGACAGGAAAGCAAAGACGGAACCCUUGGUAACCCAGCAGCGGCCUAUGUCAUGGACCGAUUACGCCCAGCAUAUUGGUUCUCUGCGCAUCUACACUGCAAGUUCUCGGUAAUCAAGAAGUACGAAGCAACGGCUCCUGCAUCUACAAUUGCGGAUGAUGCAUCAAAGCUUGCCCCACAAGAGUUUGCUCCCUCAACACAAUCAAAAAAGGCCGAUAAUCCGGAUGAGAUCGAUCUCGAUGCGGAUGACGACGAGACACCUGCUGCACUUCCUGAUUCAGAAUCUGUGAGCAAUUCAAAUGCCAUCUCCGACGAGUUGCGUGCUCAGCUUCCUGCUUCUUUCGCAAAACCAGCAGAGAAACCUCGUGGAAUACCGGGUCAGCCAGUACCCCCUACCAUCUUCAAUACGGAAACACGAUUUCUGGCGCUCGACAAGUGCUUGCCUGGACGUAAAUUCAUCCAGCUCUCGUACAUCAAGCCUGUUACAUCAGUUGACCCUGUAACGGCACCAGAUCACUCUCUACAGUAUGAUCCCGAAUGGUUAGCAAUAACUCGCGUCUUCCACAACUUUCUCAGUGUAGGGGAUCGCAAUGCGAAGACACCGACCAAUGAGGGCGAGGCUGCCUAUGUCGAAAUGAUUGACAAGGAGCGCGUCUGGGUCGAGGAAAAUGUUGUCGCCAAGGAUAAACUCGCAGUACCGCUGAAUUUUGAGACAACAGCCCCGCCCCAUAACCCCGGCGAUCCUGAGUCAGCAAACGAGCAGCCAGAGGAAUACACCAGCCCACAGACUGCUGCCUUCUGCGAGCUCCUAGGACUGAAGAACAUAUGGGACGCGACGCCUGAGGACAGAGCCGCGCGCAAAGCACAAGGCCCACCCCCGGAAGAGCCCAGAGCCAACAAUCGUAGUGGAGGAUUUCGGGGUGGCGGUAGAGGCGGAGGUCGUGGCGGUGGCUUCGGACGGGGACGGGGAAGAGGAAGAGGGCGUGGAAGAGGCUAAUAAGGUGAGGUUUGCGACUAGAUAUAUAGGGGUACAGUUCGGCGAGAGGUGGAUUAUCAACUCUGUACAAAGGUAGUCAGUAAUGCCACGACUUGCUUAUCGCAAACUUCA